UGACUCCCUCAUUCCGGCCUAACAAGUCACAACACGGGCCAGACACUGCACAUUGCUGUCCAAGACCAACUGAACAACACAAGAAAGACACCACCAAAGGCGACGCAAGAGCCAAGGCUCUCUCUAACCAUCCCUCGUCUUCCCUCUAGAAGAGGCAUUGAUCACCAGAGACAGGCAGGCAGCAUGGUGAGCUCGCUGCCCCUGUUCUUGCUGCUGCUGCUGCUGCUCUCUGGAGCCGGCUUCGGCGGCGGCAUAAGGCUCGGCAAUGGCGGCUACGAGGAGUGGAGGCUGGGCACGGCGACCUACGUCAAGGAGUUCCAGCCGCACCCGCUUAAUGAUGGUGGUGGCGCCUGCGGGUACGGCGACCUGGACAUCUUCAGAUACGGGCGGUACACGGCGGGGCUGAGCGCCGCGCUGUUCGGGCGAGGCAUCGCCUGCGGCGGCUGCUACGAGCUCCGGUGCGUCAACCACAUCCGGUGGUGCCUCCGGGGCAGCCCGACGGUGGUCGUCACGGCGACUGACUUCUGCCCCGGCAACAUGGGCAUCGCCGACGACGCCGGCGGCUGGUGCAACUUCCCCAGGGAGCACCUCGAGCUGUCGGAGGCCGCCUUCCUCCGGAUCGCCAAGGCCAAGGCCGACAUCGUGCCGGUGCAGUUCCGGAGGGUGAGCUGUGACAGAGCGGGCGGCAUGCGGUUCACGAUCACCGGCAGCGCCCACUUCCUGCAGGUGCUGAUCACCAACGUGGCCACCGACGGCGAGGUGGCCGCCGUGAAGGUGAAGGGGUCGAGGACCGGGUGGAUACCGAUGGGGCGGAACUGGGGCCAGAACUGGCAAUGCGACGCCGACCUCCGCGGCCAGCCGCUGUCGUUCGAGGUCACCGGCGGGAGGGGGAGGACGGUCACCGCGUACAGCGUCGCGCCGGCGGACUGGAUGUUCGCGCAGACGUUCGAAGGCAAGCAGUUCGUCGAAUGAAUGCAAUGCAAGACCAUCAGGCUCCGAUGAUUGUAACUUGUAAGUAGAAUUUUUGUUGGGUUCCAUGUGGUGAGAUGUGCACCAAGAACAUGAGACGUUUUUGCUAUGCUCGUCAUGAGCAACAGCAAAAAAUAUACAAGAACACCUCAGGCUUCUCACGAAGUUUGGGUUCAGCAAGGUAUUCCUAUCACUAUCAGCUAUGGUUCAGACAUAAGUACCACUGCUGGAAUAUUGCCCAGGUCCAAAGUGGAUCUCCCAAUUCCCAUGAUAUGUGGGAUCGAACUUUGGAAAACUUUAGUGAUAACCAAAUAUGUGCAUUCACGACUGUAUUGAUGCUCUAAACGUCAACUGGAUCAGAGCGGAGGUCAUGAUAUCACUGCUGCACAUGUACAGAAACUGCAUAAGAAACUUUGUGAAAGAUAUUACUUGCGGCUGGUCUCGGACAUGUCAAUAUGUCAUGCAGUAUACCGAGACAAGGCCUGCAGCCUCGCACACCGUAUGAGAAGCCCCGGAGGUUGCCAUUGGCACUCAUUGCAUAUACAGCAAUUGGCAAUGCAAUUGGAGUUUUA